AUGGCAGCCCCGAAGGAAAAUAGCCUCUUCCCUCCCAAUCCCUACUAUAUCCCUGGCUAUGAGGGCUUCAUCCCUCAGUACAACUAUCAGUUUGGAGAAACCUUUGGCAAAACCACCUACCGCCUGCUGACGGAUCCUGGUGUUAGCAAGAGCCCUCGCCCCUUGCUGGCACCGCUGUACAAGCCCAAGUUCGUUGAGGACUUCAGCAGAAGGGUUAUCUCCCUGGGUGUCCAGUGGGAGCGAGUCCACUCCCAGCUGGACCGCAGGGGGUACUUUCCCUAUGAGAAAGCUGGGGCUACAACAAGCUUUCCUGAACCAGUCCUUGGGCCAAACCCCACCCCACCGGGGCCAGGGCCGGCAGAAGAAGAGCUGAUGAUGAUGCCUAUGGACCCCAUACCCUGGCACCAACCCAGCGAGUAUGUCCCAAGGACACGACUGCCUCAGGGGUACCCACAGAGGAUUUCACACUAUCCUGUGUCUGAGGAGCGAGAGUGGCGAUUGCCCGAGCUAACCCCAGCCUGUGGGCAGGGAAAAAGGUGCGGACAUGGCCAGCUCAGCAGUGCUUUGGCAGGAAGCAAACCGCCUGUAAAAAUUGAAGGUGUGACUCUGCCAGGAGUGGCUGAAACCGCAGAUGUGGCGCAAGAUAAUUGGUUACCAAAACUGGAUGUACCAAAUGCGAUCCAACAGAAAGUCAUUCCAGGGUACGCUGGAUUCAUCCCCCGCCUCACCGGGAUUAAUGGCGUGAACUACAUCCAGAGUGUGAAGGAAGCAAUGAACGAAUUUGACCGACAGCAGUUUUUGCAGAGAAACACAGCUUGCAGCUUUGGCAAGAUAUUUCCCCAAACAUACUGGCCUAACAACAGAAUUUACACCAGUGAUGGACUGAUACCUUCCUACAUGGGCUUCGUACCACACCUCCGACACACCUACGCGCUUACUUUUGGAAACAGCACCCGAAAAGCUUACCAGAAGGAACAAAGGAGACGAGCUUGUGCACUGUGA